CAGCUAUAACUAGACUCUUCUUCAGUUUAUAGUACUUUAGUGGAGGUUUCUCUCCGGUGACUCCUGUGAGCAGGCUCUCAUCUGAAAGGAAAAAAUUGACAAAACGAUUAUGUAGAGAUUUCUAACCAACCACGGUGUGGCAAUAGAACUGCUUUCACUUCCUCUUUUGAAGAUACAGGAGACCCAUGUACAGUAUCAUCUCAGUUGGAGUUAGAAGAAGCCUUUCGGCUUUAUGAGCUAAACAAGGAUUCUGAGCUCUUGAUUCAUGUAUUCCCUUGCGUACCAGAACGUCCUGGAAUGCCUUGCCCAGGGGAAGAUAAAUCCAUCUACCGCAGAGGUGCACGCCGCUGGAGAAAGCUUUAUUGUGCAAAUGGCCACACUUUUCAAGCCAAACGUUUCAACAGGCGUGCUCACUGUGCCAUCUGCACAGACCGAAUAUGGGGACUUGGACGUCAGGGAUAUAAGUGCAUCAACUGCAAACUCUUGGUUCAUAAGAAGUGUCACAAACUCGUCACAAUUGAAUGUGGACGGCAUUCUUUGCCACCGGAACCAAUGAUGUCAAUGGAGCAGUCAUCUAUGCAUUCAGACAAUGCACAGACAGUCAUUCCAUAUAACCCUUCCAGUCAUGAGAGUUUGGACCAAGUUGGUGAAGAAAAGGAGGCAAUGAACACCAGGGAAAGUGGCAAAGCUUCAUCCAGUUUAGGGCUUCAGGAUUUUGAUUUGCUCCGGGUAAUAGGGAGAGGAAGUUAUGCCAAAGUACUGUUGGUUCGAUUAAAAAAAACAGAUCGUAUUUAUGCAAUGAAAGUUGUGAAAAAAGAGCUUGUUAAUGAUGAUGAGGAUAUUGAUUGGGUACAGACAGAGAAGCAUGUUUUUGAGCAGGCGUCCAAUCAUCCUUUUCUUGUUGGGCUGCAUUCUUGCUUUCAAACAGAAAGCAGAUUGUUCUUUGUUAUAGAGUAUGUCAAUGGGGGAGAUCUCAUGUUUCAUAUGCAGCGACAGAGAAAACUUCCUGAAGAACAUGCCAGGUUUUACUCUGCAGAAAUUAGUCUAGCCUUAAAUUAUCUUCAUGAGCGAGGGAUAAUUUAUCGAGAUUUGAAACUGGACAAUGUGUUACUGGAUUCUGAAGGGCACAUUAAACUCACUGACUAUGGCAUGUGUAAGGAAGGUUUACGACCUGGAGAUACAACCAGUACUUUCUGUGGGACUCCUAAUUACAUUGCUCCUGAAAUUUUAAGAGGAGAAGAUUAUGGUUUCAGUGUUGACUGGUGGGCUCUUGGAGUGCUAAUGUUUGAGAUGAUGGCAGGAAGGUCUCCAUUUGAUAUUGUUGGGAGCUCUGAUAACCCUGAUCAAAACACAGAAGAUUAUCUCUUCCAAGUUAUUUUGGAAAAACAAAUUCGCAUACCACGUUCUCUGUCUGUAAAAGCUGCAAGUGUCCUGAAGAGUUUUCUAAAUAAGGACCCAAAGGAACGAUUGGGUUGUCAUCCUCAAACAGGAUUUGCUGAUAUUCAGGGACAUCCAUUCUUCCGAAACGUCGAUUGGGAUAUGAUGGAGCAAAAGCAGGUGGUACCUCCCUUUAAACCAAAUAUUUCUGGAGAAUUUGGCUUGGACAACUUUGAUUCUCAGUUUACUAAUGAACCUGUCCAACUCACUCCAGAUGAUGAUGACAUUGUGAGGAAGAUUGAUCAGUCUGAAUUUGAAGGUUUUGAAUAUAUCAAUCCUCUUUUGAUGUCUGCAGAAGAAUGUGUCUGAUCGUCAUUUUUCAACUAUGCAUUCUGCUUAUGUUGCCAUUUAAUGCAUGGGUGAACUUAUCGUCCUAGAUACAGUUAACUCUUAUAUGUGCCACUACAAAAAACCCAAACACUGAAUAUCCUCUAUUAUAAGCUAUAGGAAUCAAUUAUUACAUGUAAGUGUAACUGUGAAAAAAGAAAUUAAAACUAGCUUCCAGACAAUCAUGUCAAAAUUUAGUUAUACUGAUUGCUGAGUAAUGAAGUUAUCUUUUUUGUUUAAAGGAAGUACCACUGCUUUUAAAAGAAAAUCUCUGUUGCGUUAGGGCACAUAGUGGGAUGGCAUCAUAAUCCUCCCAUAAUUUUUCUUACUUUGUGUUAAGUCAUGUGAGGGUUUAAUUUUGGAAUAAAAAGGUUAAUUCAAGCUGUUGUAUACAUUUUUUAUAUUACAUGUUGGUUUUGGAGUUCCUAUGUUUAAAAAUCCUAUAAAUUUUCCAUUGCCUUAGAUA